UUAUCUGUUCGAGCGACCUCAAGACCAUCUGAGAGCCUUUCAACUUCAACUUCCGUGGGGACCAAAGAAAAUGAAGACCGAGGGCUUUCUUCCUCCUCUUCUUCUUCAUUUUCUCCUCCGCCCAAUUUCAAGCCACCAGAGCCUAAGCGUUUCGGCGUCAGACCCGACAAGGUUCUUGAUGUCCUGGGCGCUUCCCUUUCCUUAAUUUUUCGGCUUGGAACUGGUAUAUUUGUCGAUGGGUACUCGGUGUCAUUGGUUCCGAAAAAUGAUUUUCCCCCAGACAAAUAUGCUCUUGAAAUUUCUGGUUUCAAGGUCAAAGAGACUUCAAAGUUAGGACCUCGCCCAGAGAAGCCUAUUGAGAUAUAUGAGUUUGAGAGUUGUCCAUUUUGUCGGAAGGUCAGGGAAAUUGUUGCUGUGUUAGAUUUAGAUAUUCUAUUCUAUCCUUGCCCUCGGAAUGGUCCAAACUUCCGUCCCAAAGUUCUUCAGAUGGGAGGAAAGCAGCAGUUUCCAUACAUGGUUGAUCCAAACACAGGAGUUUCAAUGUAUGAAUUAGAUGACAUAAUCAAGUAUCUGGUUCAGAACUAUGGUGAUGGAAAUGUACCUCUUUCCUUGUGUUCAUGUAGGUGAUGGAAACAAGACUUUUGAU